UCCGUACCAUACACAAAAUAAAAGGCAACGUUUUUUUUUUGUUCUACCAAACCCUAACCUGCACAUUGUUUUUACCAAACCAAACCAAAAAAAAAAAAAAGUGAACUUACAUUUUUCUUACUCUCUUCUUUCACUAAGCCGAAAAUUUAUCUUCCUUUCUUUUUCUUCCAUUUUUUUUAAUAAUUUGAUUGGGAGUUUAGAAAAUCAUGGCUUAUGCAUCUCGGAUCAUCAAUCACUAUAAUAAGUUAAGAAAUGUUCCCAACUUAAUGCGGCAUGAUCGUGCCGUUUUGGUUCGUUGGUUUUCUAAUGGAGCACGAUCCUCUGUUUUUAAAAGUGAAGAUGUUACAAGGACCUAUCCUCUUGGUUAUGCAUCUGCUGAAAGAGUGAGGGUAUCUAAGUUUGUUGCCUGUAACCCUGUAUCAUCUGGUUUAUCUAAGAAAAGUCAUUCAAGGACAACAAUGAGAUUGGGAAUUCCAAUGGAUGGUGUGGCAUACAACAGAGAAAUUUCAUGUUCACAAGUUCAGUCAAGGAGAGGAUUUGCAUCUGAAGCAGGCCUCCCUCCUCACCAAGAGAUUGGAAUGCCUUCACUCUCUCCCACAAUGACAGAGGGAAAUAUUGCUAGGUGGUUAAAGAAAGAGGGUGAUAAAAUGAGUCCUGGUGAAGUGAUGUGUGAAGUUGAAACUGAUAAAGCAACUGUUGAAAUGGAAUGCAUGGAAGAAGGUUAUCUUGCCAAGAUUAUAAAGGGAGAUGGGUCAAAAGAAAUCAAAGUUGGUGAGAUAAUUGCCAUCACUGUUGAAGAGGAGAAGGAUAUUGCCAAGUUCAAAGACUACAGUCCUUCAGCAUCAGAUUCUGGUGCUCCUGCGGCAAAAAAGCUGGCAGCUCCUCCUCCAUCAAAGCAGGAGCCUGUUGAACAACCAGUUAGUUCACCAGAGCCUAAGACUUUCAAACCUAUUUCACCUUCUUCUGAAGAUCGCAUUUUUGCAAGUCCUCUUGCACGAAAAAUGGCUGAAGAUCACAAGGUACCUCUCUCAAGUAUCAAAGGAACAGGUCCUGAUGGACAUAUUGUAAAGGCUGAUAUUGAAGAUUACUUGGCUUCACCUGGGAAGGAAGUUUCAGCACGAACUCCUAAGACAAAGGAUGCAAAACUUGCAGCUCUAGAUUAUGUAGAUAUCCCUCAUUCUCAGAUACGAAAGGUCACAGCAUCACGCUUAUUAUUCUCAAAGCAGACUAUCCCACAUUACUAUUUAACAGUGGAUGCAUGUGUUGACAAACUUAUGGAUUUGCGGAGCCAACUCAACUCAUUACAGGAAGCUGCAGGUGGGAAGCGUAUAUCUGUCAAUGAUCUUGUAAUCAAGGCUGCUGCAUUGGCUCUCCGGAAGGUUCCUCAGUGCAAUAGUUCAUGGACAGAUGACUAUAUUCGCCAGUAUAACAAUGUGAAUAUUAAUGUAGCAGUGCAGACAGAAAAUGGACUUUAUGUCCCUGUGAUCAGGGAUGCAGAUAAGAAAGGUUUGUCCACAAUUGCUGAGGAGGUCAAGCAUUUGGCACAAAAAGCCAAAGAAAACAGCUUAAAACCUGAAGAUUAUGAGGGAGGCACGUUUACAGUUUCUAACUUGGGAGGCCCCUUUGGUAUCAAGCAAUUCUGUGCUAUCAUUAAUCCUCCUCAGUCAGGAAUUCUUGCUGUUGGGUCUGCUGAGAAGAGGGUUAUCCCAGGCUUGGAACCUGAACAAUUCAAGUUUGCUUCAUUUAUGUCUGUAACUCUAAGCUGUGAUCAUCGUGUUAUUGAUGGUGCAAUCGGUGCUGAAUGGCUGAAAGCUUUCAAAGGCUACAUUGAGAAUCCAGAAUCAAUGUUGCUCUAAAUCAACUGGUGGUUAUUGUUUCUUUUUGUUCUAUACAUAUCUCCUUGCUGUGAUCAAUUCGCACGAGGGAUUGAAUGCAAUAAUUUCACAUGCAUUCCUCAAAGCAAUUUUCUUCGAAAGUAGUGCUAUCACUGAAAACGAAAUUAAUUUUUUUGGGAAUAAGGGGGAUUGACAAUUGAGGAACUAAACUGAAUUCAAUUUCGCCUUUUGCAGAGUGUAAUAACCCCUUCCAUAUAGGUCACUUAAACUGUGAAUACUUGGAAUGGUUUUUAGGGUAUGCUAUUUCCAACCCAUCACAUUUCUAGUGCUUUAACUAGUCAGAAUGCUAAACUUCCAUUA